UCUUUUAUAUUGGUAUCAAUUGUCGUAGAUUUUCAUUUUGUAAUUCUGAAAGGUGGUAUCACUAAUUUGACACUUCUAAUUUGACGCUUCUGCGUUCUCUGAAGAGAUUGUUGAAUAUUUUGUGAAUGUGUUUCAAAAAUUUACUGCAAUAAUAUACUGAACUUUAUGGUAAAUAUAAUGGCUGUAGUGAAAUUAAAUGCAUCUACUUCACCUUCCAUUGAAUUAAGUUCGUACAGAGAUCAACAUUUUAAGGGAUCUAGAGCAGAGCAAGAUAGACUUCUUAGAAAUUCUUCUACUUUAUAUGUUGGUAACCUCUCUUUUUAUACUACAGAAGAACAAAUAUAUGAAUUGUUUUCCAAAUGUGGAGAUAUCAGACGUAUUAUUAUGGGAUUAGAUAAAUAUAAAAAAACUCCAUGUGGUUUUUGUUUCGUCGAAUAUUAUCAAAGAUCAGACGCAGAAAAUUGUAUGCGAUAUAUUAAUGGUACACGACUUGACGAUAGAAUUAUUCGAACAGACUGGGAUGCUGGAUUUAUAGAAGGUAGACAAUAUGGACGUGGAAAGACAGGAGGACAAGUAAGAGACGAGUAUAGAUCUGAUUUUGAUACCGGAAGAGGAGGUUAUGGUAAGAUAAUUCAACAAAAAGUAACACCUCUCUCGGAUGGUAAUUUUGGACGGUGAAAUAAAAAUAGUCAGCAUUAUUCUAAGCUGUAUUUAUCUUUGUUCAUGAUCAAAUCCAAAAUACAUAUAAAAUAUAUUUAUAAAGAUUUAUCUUUAUAAUUGGUUACUUUUUUUUUUUUUAUUGAUUACUUCUCUUUUAUAUUAUUUCAAUAGAUAUAUAUAUAAUUUUUAGUAAAAGGAGGAGAAACAAACAUGGUAACAUUGAUGAGACAUUUGCAGCCAACAAUAUAAUAUAAUAUGAACAAAGAUAUUAUAUUAAAUUACUAUUUAUAUAUGAAAGCAUAAAAUUUGUAAAAAAAGAAAGUGAAAAAAUGACGAUGAAUAAAGUAUCUUAUCAUUAUAA